UUGACAUUGAAGUAAAGCAUUUCCUCCCUCGGUGCUUCGUUUACUUUUAGAAAAUCAAUAUUUAUACCUAACUUUCAAAUCGGAAAAACAAAAUUUCCGUAAAAAGCAAAGACAGUGAAAACAAACAGUGCUCCUCGUCUAUCGAUCGGCAAGCCGCCUUCCGCUACACGGCGAUACUUUCUCGCUGCAGCGCAAGCAGUGCAUCACUAAAAACGUUCAGACCGAAGAGCAACCGCCGCCGCCGCCGAGAUGGCGUUCAUGAUGCCUGUGGUGAAGAACGACUGGGAUAUUUACAACUCGCGGCGCAGUUCCGAAGGGCAAGAAAAGGCUGGCCCCGGCCGGCGUGUGCGGAAGGUAUCGGAGUCGCGUUCAGAGGGUCCGACGAUGUCGCCUCGCGUACCGUUGAGCCCCCAUCGCUCGGUGCCGGCGAUGCGAUCGCUGUCGUACUGCCGUGCGCCACCGUCGAGGGCCUCACUGCGCGUGGGGCUCGACAGCCCGAAGGGUUCGGCUAGUCCUAAGCAGGCACCGUCGCAGGACAAAUUCCACAGCAGGGCGCGCGCCGAGUCCCCCGAGCGCAGCUCGCGCUGCGGAGCCUGCGUGCCCUACCUGUAACGGCGCCGGCCCUGCGCCGCGUCCUGCCGACGCGCUAUCUGUGAUAUGUUGCGAUAGUGACCCGAGUUGAGUAGACUUUUGAAUUUGCUAACUCGUAACCGCCUGUGGGAACCUAUUAAUCACGUUUGAAGUUACAUCGAUUCAAUGCAAUAGUGUUAGAUGACAUUUCAAUAAGCUUCAUUAACUGUUGCAUGUUCGUUAUCUGUACACCUAUCUAUCUAUAUUCUUUUGUUUAGAUCGGAGUCAUCUUGAAAGGUUGUCAGUAUUAGGUUGUAACUAGGCUGGCUGUUGAAUGUAUUUAAGACUGCGUUUAGUUUAAGAAGCCAUAUUGUUUCCCCGGGUUGUAUACACCGUAGCAUGGGUUCUUUAAUAAUUUGUUUAUGAUCGAGAGCAUCCCGGCGGUAAUAAAUACCUUAGCGUUUAGUUUUGUGGCAGUUUGAGAUGGUUCUGUGAUUUGUUAUUUAUAAGUUUUGUUGUGGUGUUAUUUAUUUUAUCGGAGAGUCAUUAUUUUGAGUUCAUAUUUAUGUUGUUACAGUGUUUUGAACACCACUUAAAUGACAUGGUACCUCGUAAGAAAUUCCAAAAAUUUUACUAACCUGUUUUUUUUUGGAUUUUCUAAAAAGAAGACUUGUUUGAUAAUAAUAAUCGUGUUCGAAUUGACAUUAAUAAUAUUACUGAUACCUUUUUAUACAUUGUUGUAGAGCAUAUAAUUAUAGUGAAAAUUGACGUUAUUGAAAAUUGUAUUCAAUACGACACUGGUAGUUAUGGGGAUUUUCCACUGUCAGACUUCACUUUCGUCAUAGUUGUUCAUUGAUUUAUUUUUAAUUUGUUUUACAUUCGAUAUGUCUAUAAUUCUGAUACAUUAUACCUACUUGAGUAGAAAUCAUAAACUACUUUAAAUGAUUUUAAAAUUCCUUGAAACCGCGACGGAAAGGAAAAAUGAUUAAUACGAAACUAUUUCUAUGCUUUAAAUUAAUAAAAUGUACGGGGUAUCUAAAACAAAAAAAAAAACGUAAGCUAUGUAUGUUUUUUGUUACAUUUUGCAUGAUUUUAUGUGAUGUUAGU